GUUGCAUAUAAUGGAUCCAGCACCGUGGGAUAAGGAUGAAGAUGAUAAAAAAGAAGAUUCGGAAGUUGAAGGACCAAUGUGGGGUGGCAGGGAUGGUAUAAUUUUCUUAAUUGAUGCAACUAAACCCAUGUUUUCUGAAGGUGAAUCAGGCGAGUCUCCCUUUCGAAUAAGCCUGCAGUGCUGUAAGACUGCAAUGCUCAACAAGAUAGUCAGCUCUGAACAAGAUAUGGUUGGUGUGAUACUGUUUGGCACAGACAAGACAAGUAAUGCUCUGAAUGUUCCACAUGUGACUGUUCUGCAAGAUCUGGAACAACCAAAUGCUGAUAAGAUCAAGCAGCUGGAGAAUAUGUUGAAACGCAAAAACUUCAAUGAUUUCACAAAUAAAUUUGGACACAGUGAUGACUUUUCUAUAUCAGAUGCCCUCUGGUUGUGCCAGUCAACAUUUUCUAGUAGUCAGUUGAAGGUGAGCUCCAAGAGGAUCUUGUUGUUUACGAACACAGACAAUCCACAUGCAGCAUCUCAGCACAAACAACACCAGGCAAGAAGUAAAGCUGCAGAUCUAGGGCAAGUUGAUAUUGAUGUGGAAUUGCUUCACAUGGGCAAUAAUUUUGACCCUUCACUUUUUUACAAGGAAUUAAUACAGUCAGUGAAAGGAGAUGAUUCGUGUGACUGGCGGCUCCCCAACCCAUCAAAUAGAUUUGAUGAGCUUUUGGCAAGAGUAUGUCGGAAAGAUCACAAGAAGAGGAGUGUUGGGAAGAUCCUUUUCACAUUGGGUGAUGGAGUCAGGUUUGGAGUUGCUGUCUACAACCUUAUUAGACCUACUUUCAUCCCCAGAAAAGCACUGCUAGACAGAACUACAAAUGAAGUUGUGAAAACCUCCAUAAAAAAGUUUCAUGGCGACACUGGUGAAGUGAUGUUGCCUUCAGAAUUAAACAAAUACCAGGAGUUUGGUUUUAAGAAAAUUAUAUUCAAACCUGCUGAAGUUAAAAAUCUAUAUAAGUUAACUGAACCAGGCCUGAAGCUCUUAGGGUUCAAACCUGAAUCCAAGAUCAAAGUCCAUCACCACUUAAAGCCAUCGUCCUUUAUAUAUCCAGAAGAAGGACUUAUUAAAGGCAGCCGCAAGCUGUUUGCAGCACUCCUUGAUCGCUGCAUUGCAAGGAAGGUGGUACCCAUUUGCUGCUUUACACCCCGCACAAAUGCUGCUCCGAGUGUUGUAGCGCUUAUUCCACAGGAGGAACGGUUGGAUGAUUCAAACAUACAGAUACUUUCACCUGGUUUCCAUGUUGUUUACCUCCCUUACUCUGAUGAUAUUCGGACUUUGAAUACUGAAUCUACAGUAAAAGCAGAUGCAGAGCAAAUCGCAAAAGCCAAGGCAGUGGUAAAGAAACUUCGUUUUCCAUACACACCAUACAACUUCGAUAACCCAAAAUUACAGACUCAUUGGCGAAACAUUGAGGCUUUGGCCCUGGACUAUAAUGAACGAAUAGAAGUUAAAGAUGUUACAGUUCCAGACCAUGAAUAUAUGGCAAGCAAGCUAGAGUCAUUGGCUCAGGAGUUUCUAGACUCUGUCUAUGUUGGUGGUUAUGUGCCUGGCGGGAAAUCAAACGCCUCUGGUGCUAGGAAGAGGGUCGCAGAUCCAGCCGCUGAUAAGCCAAAGAAAGCUGUAAAAACUGAAGCUGUGGGGGAUAUGAGAGAUAUUGCGACCAAUGGGAAGGUGGAGAAGCUAAAGGUGAAUGACUUAAAAGCUUACCUGCAGGAACAAGGUAUCGAAGUGAACAGGAUGAAGAAGGCUGAGCUUGUCACCAAAGUAUACCAACACCUUGGGAUAGAUGAGCCCAGUUAGCUACUGGACUGUUUGCUUACUUAUCAGUUAUAGAAGAGUGAAAACCUUUGUUAAUCUGCAAGUGAAUUCUUUAUUGUAGUACAGCUAAUUAUAUUUGUUUACACCAAAUAAAACAUAGAAAGUAUCUGGUGGCUGAUUAUUGAACAGACAGUUCCAUUGCAUGAUUUCUUGAUGAUCCUUGAUUUUGUAAAUGAUUUUGAAUCAUAGUAACCUAUGUGUGGUCAUAUGCAUGAAUGUUUCCUGGAAUCAGGCCUCUAAUAAGAUGCUGUUAUUAAGUACCAUA